AUGCUCAACAUCCCCUCAUCACCAAUCCCCCUCGACGAGUUCCGCGUCUCCUACGAAACCGGCUUCUUACCCAUCAACAGUAACAGCAGCAACAGAAAACUCCCUCUCCACAGACUCUCAACCCCGUAUUUCUCGCCCUGGGAAGAUGUUAUUUCCGAUUUGCCUCAACUCAUUCAGACCGGCGAGAUCAGACAGAAAGUGCUUGACCUACCGGUUUUGUCGGUUGAGGGUCUUAGUGCAGAUGAUGAAGGAGAGUGGCAGAGGGCGUACCUUGUUCUUGCUUUCCUGACGCAUGCAUAUAUCUGGGGUGGUGAGAAGGCUGAAGAUAAAUUACCACCAAGCAUAUCCUGCCCCUUCCUGGCAGUCUCAGAGCACCUCGAACUCCCUCCCUGCGCGACAUACGCAGCGUUGAAUCUCUGGAACUUCACCACAAUCAACAACAAUAACGAAGAAACAGACCUUACAAACCCCGACAACAUAGACACCAUCAACUCCUUCACUGCCACCGACGACGAACGCUGGUUCCUCGUCGUAUCCGUCGCCAUGGAAGCCUGCGGCGCAAAAAUGAUUCGUUUGGUGCUCGACAGUAUCACCACAAUCAACAAUACGACCACUGCCGAUGACAACGACGGUAGCACGACUGAAAGCACAUCAUCAAACCGCAACACAAUCCUCACAAAUCUGCUUAAUGGCAUGGGAGAAUGCAUAGAUGAGAUCGGCCAUAUACUGGAAAGAAUGUACGAACGAACCAACCCUAUGGUUUUUUAUCAUCAGAUUAGGCCGCUGUUGGCUGGGUCGAAGAAUAUGGGUGCGGCAGGGUUGCCUAAUGGCGUGUUUUAUGAUACUGGCGAUGAUAAGGGACGAUGGCAUCAGUAUAGUGGUGGCAGUAACGCGCAGAGCUCCUUGGUGCAGUUGAUUGAUAUCGCGUUGGGGAUUCAGCAUAUUGCCAGUGGAGAGGUGGAAGGGAAGACGAUUAAGGAUAAACAUACUGCUUUUAUGAAGGAAAUGAGAAAUUAUAUGCCCGGCCCCCAUCGCCGGUUCCUCGAGUAUGUGGCUUCAAUCGCCAACAUCCGUCCCUACGCACUCAGUCUCCCCGUCUCCUCGGACGUACGACAAGCCUACAACGCAGUGGUCAUGAAACUAGGCGGUUUCCGCGACAAGCACAUUCAAAUCGUUUCGCGAUAUGUGAUUUUGCCGGCAUCAAGGCCAGCCCCCAAAUCAUCAAAGUAUGAGGAUGUGAGAAAGAAUAGAGUUAACCUUGCGAGUGCCACAUCAUAUGUUGCAAACUCUCAUGAUGGUACGAAGCAGAGGGAAGAAAAGGUGUUUUACGGGACGGGGGGAACGGAUUUGAUUCCGUUUUUGAAAGCGACGAGGGAUGAGACGAAGGCUGCUGCUAGAUUUUGCUGA